CAUGACUCACUCUUUCUCUCUCUGGUCAGGCUGCUUAAAUAAAAAAAGAAGAGAGAGAAAGGUUUAGAUUCCUCCAAGCUCACUUUACUUUUUAACGAGCUUUAGAAAUAUCAUAUCAUAUCAUGUAAUUGAUAUUUAUUGUUAUUCUUUUUUACUCUAUAACCUCAAAGAAAAAGAAUUUAUGUAGUUCUCUUCUCUCUCACUCUUGAGUAAAGGCACAUUCCUUAUCACUGUUCCAGCUAACCCUUUUCCUUUCUUCCUCAUAUGUAAGUCUUUCUUCCUCAUAUGUAAGUCUUUCUUUCUGUAUAUAUCUACAUAUAUAUAAUAUUUAUAUAUAUAUAGAUGUGAAUCCUUAACUUGUUGUUUGUCGUUUGGAUGAAACUCACACUCGUCCAAGAUUUUGCUUGAAGAAAGAAAGUUCAAGCUUUCAUCCAUUACAUAUUUUUCUAAUGGGAAAGAAAUGGGUUUUGGCUUAUUGGACUUGUGAAGCUCUAAAAUUGCAUGUAGUACCACUUAUGUUGGUGAUUUUGCUGUCUUCUAUCGUUUCUCAGUCUGUUGAUAUUGACUCAGAUGAAAAGGCCUCACUUUUAAUGUUUAAGUCAGGGAUGGAAGAUCCUGGUCGGAGUUUGUCUAGUUGGGUUGGGUCUAAUUGUAGCAACUGGACUGGAAUCACCUGUGAGAACCAGACUGGUCAUGUGGUUUCAGUUAACUUGGUGAACAUGAACUUGUCAGGCCAAAUUCACACCAAUUUCUGCAGACUUCCUUUCCUUGAACAGUUGGUUCUGUCUCAAAACAACUUUACAUGCCCAAUCCCCUUGUGUUUUGGUAAUCUGCAGAGUCUCAAAAGUCUUAAUCUUAGUCACAAUCGGUUUCAUGGUAUACUGCCUGACACACUCAUGAGGCUUAGCCAGCUAACAGAGCUUGAUGUGAGUGGUAACAAGGAUUUGGGAGGCAUUAUUCCUAGAUGGGUUGGUAAUUUCUCAACCAAGUUGGAAAAACUUGCACUGGAUUUUAAUUCUUUUGGAGGCGAAAUUCCUGAAGAGCUGUUGCACUUGGAGUCUUUGAAGCAUCUGGACUUUGGGAACAAUAAUUUAUCUGGUAGUCUUCCUGAUUUUCAUCAGCCAUUAGCUUUUCUCAACCUUGGCUCCAAUCGGUUUUCGGGUACUUUGCCUUGUUUUUCAGCUUCAGCUCAGUCUCUCGGUGUCUUGAAUGUAGCUAACAAUGCACUUGUAGGGGGAAUACCUUCGUGUAUUGCUUCACUGACGAGUUUGACCCUUCUAAACCUUUCAUUCAACCAUUUGACUUAUAAGAUACCACCGAGACUUGAGUUUUCAGAGAAGCUUUUUGUAUUGGACUUGAGCAACAAUGAUUUAUCUGGUCCUCUUCCAAGCAAGAUUGCAGUGACAACAGAUAAAUCAGGGCUUCUCCUUCUUGACUUGUCUCACAACCGCUUUUCGGGCGAAAUACCUUUAAAGAUAACAGAACUGAAAAGCUUACAGGCAUUGUUUCUUUCACACAAUCUUCUUGUUGGGGAGAUUCCAGCUAGAAUUGGAAAUUUAACUUAUCUCCAAGUGAUUGAUCUGUCACACAACUCCUUAACAGGUUCAAUUCCACUGAACAUUGUGGGUUGUUUUCAGCUUCUUGCAUUGAAACUCAAUGACAACAAUCUUUCUGGUGAAAUCCAACCUGAGCUUGACGCUUUGGACGGCUUGAAGAUCUUGGACAUUAGCAACAACAAGAUUUCUGGUGAAAUUCCAUUAACUUUGGCAGGCUGUAAGUCGCUGGAGAUUGUAGAUUUCAGCUCAAACAAUCUGUCUGGAGUUUUAAAUGAUGCCUUAACCAAAUGGACAAGUCUCAGGUAUCUCUCCCUAGCUCACAACAAUUUCAAUGGAAGUUUACCAAGUUGGUUGUUCACGUUCGAAGCAAUCCAAAUGAUGGAUUUGUCAGGCAACAAAUUCUCUGGUUUCAUACCAGAUGGAAACUUCAACAUUAGCUUAAACUUCAACAACAGAGGAGACAUCAGCAAAAUUCCAAAGGAUCAAAGGAUCACAUGGCGUGAUUUGGGCACCAAAGUUUCAAUCUUUGUUUCUGGUAGCAGUGAACUAAGGUUCAUUUAUUUUCUGUCUUCAAUGGUUGGAAUUGACGUGUCUAGUAAUAUGCUACGCGGGGAAGUUCCAGCUGGUUUAUUUGGACUGAAAGGUUUGGAAUAUCUGAAUUUAUCAUACAAUUUUCUCAACGGUCAAGUUCCAAGUUUGGAGAAGAUGAAGAGCUUAAGAGCCUUGGACUUGUCACAUAAUUCUUUGUCGGGUCAUAUCCCAGGAAAUAUUUCCAGCCUUCAAUAUCUGACUCUUUUGAAUCUGUCAUACAACUCUUUUUCUGGUUUUGUUCCCAAGAAGCAAGGAUAUUGGAGGUUUCCUGGAGCAUUUGCCGGAAACCCAGGCUUGUGUGUGGAGUCCUCUGGUGGAGGGUGUGACUCUGAAGGCCUCCCAGUGGUUCCGGGGAAGGCAUUUGAGGACGACAAGGUCGACGGUCCGAUCUCUUUAUGGAUUUUUGGUUUAAGCACUUUUCUUAGCUUCUACUUUGGGAUUGUGACGCUCUUUUGCUCUGCUCGAGCAAGAAAUUACAUUCUCCAGACAAAGGUUUGAGAAACACAAGUUUUGCAGCAUACAUGUUUUUUUCUAGAAAAGUUUUCUUGCUAUGAUCAAAUAGAAUCUCCUAAUGAUGGACGAAUUUUGUUCUUCCAUGUUUAUCAAAAGCUGUUUCUGAUUGUGAAAAUGCAGCUAUAGAUAUGUUUGACAUCAAUGUCAUGAACAAGUCUUUGUAAUUAUUAAUGGAGUUGUACCCCUUUUGCUACAUAGUUGUGUAGAACUCUUCACCUGUGUAUUUCUCAUCCUGAAUGAAUGAAUGAAGAAAAAACUUUGGCCGUUUA